AUGGCUUUAAAUUCAGGGCCACCAGCAUUUGGACCAUAUUAUGAAAACCAUGGUUAUCAAGUGGAAAACUAUCCUCCAGGACACCUUGUGAAUACUAAUGCUUAUGUACCUUACCCAGCUCCAUAUUGUCCUUCAGCAGUGCCACAGUACAUUCCAAGAGUUCUUACUCAUACUUCAACACCAGCAGGAGUCCAUUUACAACCAAAAUCUUCAUCUGGGAUCCUGUUUACUUCAAGGGCUAAGAAAAUUGUAUGUAUUGCACUUGGCAUUGGAGUAAUAUUAAUUGGUGCUGUGAUUGCAACUCUCUUUCUUUGGAAGUUUGUGAAAAAUAGCUGUCCAAAUUCUGGAAUAGAAUGUGGAACCUCAGGAACUUGUAUCAGUCCAACUUACUGGUGUGAUGGAAUAUCACAUUGUCCUAGUGGUGAAGAUGAGAACCAUUGUGUUCGCCUCUAUGGACCAAAAUUUAUCCUUCAGGUUUACUCAUCUCACAACAAAUCCUGGUAUCCUGUGUGCCAAGAUGACUGGAAUGAUUAUUACGGAAAGAUAGCAUGUAAAGAUAUGGGGUAUAACACGAAUAGUUUUUACUCUAGUCGAGGAAUAACAGAUGAAAGUGGUGCCACAAGCUAUAUGAAGUUGAACCUGAGUGCUAGAAAUGUAGACUUAUACGAAAGACUCUACAACAGUAACGUCUGUUUCUCAAAAACGGUGGUAUCUCUCCGAUGCAUAGAAUGUGGUACAGUGAUGAAGGCGAAUCGAAUGAACAGGAUUGUAGGUGGGACAAAUGCUGCUCCAGGGGAAUGGCCAUGGCAAGUCAGCCUUCAUGUCCAAGGUGUCCAUGUCUGUGGUGGCUCUAUCAUUACUCCUGAAUGGAUUGUAACAGCAGCUCAUUGUGUGGAAGAACCUCUUUCCAAUCCCCGAUAUUGGACAGCAUUUGCUGGAAUUUUGAGGCAAUCUGUGAUGUUCUAUGGAAGUGGAUAUAAAGUGCAAAAAAUAAUUUCUCAUCCAAGUUAUGAUUCUAAAACUAAGAACAAUGAUGUUGCUCUUAUGAAGUUGCAAACACCAUUUGUAUUUAAUGAAAAGAUAAGACCAGUGUGUUUGCCUAACCCAGGAAUGAUGUUUGAACCCACACAAUUAUGUUGGAUAUCAGGAUGGGGUGCAACCUAUGAAAAAGGUAAGACUUCAGACUUCUUGAAUGCUGUUAUGGUACCCAUAAUAGAACCUGGGAAAUGUAAUAGCCGAUAUGUCUACAAUAACAUGAUCACUCCUUCCAUGAUUUGUGCUGGAUAUCUCAGAGGGAAAAUUGAUUCCUGUCAGGGUGACAGUGGGGGCCCUUUAGUCACUGAGAAAAAUUCAAUAUGGUGGUUGGUUGGUGAUACAAGUUGGGGAUCUGGAUGUGCCAAGCCAAACAGACCUGGAGUUUAUGGAAACCUGACAGUAUUUACAGACUGGAUUUACCAACAAAUGCAGUGUAAACACAACAUACCUGAACUUUCAAGUGUUGUUGAUUUGUCUGAAAUGAAUGCCAAAUCUUUCUUGGAGUGUGGAGACUUGUGA